CGCCUGGGAGGCUGGAGCUGACAGGAGCUGGAACUUCCCUCUUCCCGGCGGCAAAACCUUGAGGAAUUUUUCCUUUUUAAACAUUAAGAAAUUUGAGGAUGGAUAAAUUCAUGAGAUAAGAAAAAAGAUGGCAUCUAGAGUAAAUACCAGUUUCACUUUGAUUCCCAACCAGAAAUACAGACGUAGUAAUCAUCGAUCCAGCCGUUUUUCCAACAUCCUUGACCCAGAUUCUCAACCCUUAUCAACGCUUGGAAAUUUUAAAGCCUUGCCAUUGGAAAUAUUCCAAAUAAUCUUAAGAUGUUUGUCAGUGAAGGAUAUCAGCGUGCUAAGCAUGGUGUCCAAAGCAGUCAGCCAGCACAUUAUUAAUUAUAUCUCAACCUCAUCAGGAAGCAAAAGACUUUUACUACAGGACUUUCAUAACCUUGAGCUGCCUGACAGGAGACAAGACUCCACUAUAUUGGAACACUACAGAUCUCUAGGUCUACUGUUUAAAAGAUGUACAUCGCUGCUACCCACAAAGGAAAGACUGAAGUACAUUCACAAGAUACUCAAAGAAGUUUCCUGUUUUCAAUUUAAUGGCUGUGUAGCUCCAUUGCAAUGUUUAGGAUUACAAUGUUACGGCAUGCUUUUACAGACCUUAACAGCAGGAUGGGAUAAACUUGAGUGCCAUCGUGCUUAUAACUUCUUAUGUGAGCUGACUAAUCUCUCCCGCAAGAUGCAUACAGUUGUCUGCAGCAAACCAGGAAAUGCCGGAAAACUGGAGUUAAGGAUCAGACUGUUCUGUAGGAACGUUCUUCUUGAUCAUGGGACCCAUCAAAGUGAUUCUGCAUUUUGGUUGACGUGUAUAUUAAAACCAUGGCCAAUAGUGAAUCAGGCAAGAUUACUGUAUAUCAUCUUUGGACCAGUAGCUCCUCAAGAUGGACAGGUGGUUUGGCAGAAAAUGAUAGAAGGACCUGCAGAUGAACCCAGUCUGAAAGGUUUGGCUGAUGCCAUUAAAUUACUAUAUGAUACAGGCACCGAAGAAUGGACAGCAGAUGAUGUUAUCAGUCUUGUAGAUGAACUAUCAGUGUUUCCCAGUGAGUGGCUUCUAGAGAAUAAUGCACGUCUACUAAUCCUAAGUGGGAGCAGCGUCUGUUUCACUUUCAUGGCUAGUAAAGCUGUCAGUGGACGGGCCAUUCAACUGGCAAGGCUGAUAGUCUUUUUGGCUUUGGUAUGUGAGAAAGAACUAUACUGCAUGGAUUGGGCAGUUAAAAUAAUGCAAAAAGUCUGUAAAGUCUUUAGCACUACAGUGGAAAGAAGUAACUUCCUGCGGAGUGUGGCAGAUGCAUUUGCGUAUGUGAUAAUGGAAAUGCUACAAUCAGUUAUGUCUGAAGACCAUGAUGAAGACGACAGAAGCUUUCUGAAUUUUUUCCAUCUUGUGCAUGCUCAGGCUAACUUCCAUAAGGAGGACUUGAAGGAAACUGAAAGCAUGGAUGGUUCGAGCAUCCCAUGAGAGAAUGGGGUUUAUCUUCACUCAAGUAAAUGGAUUCCAAGAAGCUCCAGGACUAUUUCAGUUUGACUAGCUUCUGCCACUGCCACUCUUACUAUUAAAAUAGAAAAAAUAGUGCCUAACAAGCUGAAAUAAUGCUGGAGCCCUCCUGGAUCUCCUAUUUUCUUCUCCUUGGGUUUGAUCACUUUACUUCUGCUGAAGACACACCCCUUCCCACUGGACUUCUCAGAGGCUGACUUUUUCUUUUCCUAAGCCCUUGACUUAACUCACCUCUGUAGUUGAGGAAGGGAAGAAAAACUAGAAGAUAUGGAAAUUACCCACAGGAGUGGGGUACAAAUUGUGGGAAAUUCUCAAGUUUGGCAAGAGGGGCUCAAGUUUGGCAAGUGGGGUACAAAUUGUGGGAAAUUCUCAAGUUUGGCAAAAAGAUGAUUUUUACUUCCACUAAUAACAAUCUAAUGACACACCUUAAUAGGACUGAGAAAGAGUGAAAAUUGUGGAGAAGAUAUGAAUUGUGAUAACAAGGUUUUACUAUAUUUUAGUAGCAAAAGGACUUUCCUCUAUUUUUGGAGGGUCAGAAAUUAACUGUCUUUCUUUGAUGGAUUAUCCAACUGUAAUUCCAUCAGUGGCAGGAAUUUUUUCUCCAGAGUUUAGUAUUUACAUAUUUAUGUACAAAAUUCUUGCUUUUAUCCUGGUUUCAUUUUCUUCUUUUCAAUCUAAGGAUUCACCCACAACUAAAUUAUAAAGAUUAAAAGUUGGCAGAUACCAGAAUACAAA